AUGUCAAAUAAAACCAAGAUUGAUAAAUUUCUCAGUGGUGGUCCUAUUAUUCUCAACUGCUUUAUUCCUGGUGAAGGAGUGAAGGAUAUCUUCGAAAUAAAAAUAUCUACUUCUAAUAACAAUCAAGUUUCUUCUCUCGGAACUGUAAUCAGAAAUGCUCGUCUAGAUAAAUUUCAAGAUGUCGAUCCAAGCAAAAUUGUGUUGCGUAGAGUUGAGUUCGAAACUGAUAGUGUUAUAAUCAUCAAUUUAAAAAAUAAAAAUAAGGCUGAAUUUGGUGUAAAGAUGGAAUUGCAAGACAAAAUUUUUAGUCAUUUCCCUACUCAACCCAAACCCAUUUAUCCUGGUGAAAAAGGAAUCAAUGUUAUCGUGUAUCCUCCUACCGAAGCAUAG